UUAAUUUGAUUGGUAGAAAUUACUAAUGAAGCGAGUAAUAAAUAACGAACUGUUACUUGCCAUAUGCGUUUUAACAAUCACUUUUGUUAGAAAUGGCGAACUACAUAGCGUUUGCUAUUGCAAUAGUCCUAAAGUUUGCUGCAGUAUACUCUGACGACGAUGAAGAAAAGAUGACGGCAAUAGAAACACAAGAGGAAGAAUGGCACAUGGAUUUCAUGCCUACGGGUUACCUACCCGACAGUGUGUACCGAGAGCUGGCAUGGUACGGCAUCCUUCAAAUCCAACCCUUGCACCACAGCUCUAAGUACAAAAUUGCUGCUCAACUCAUAUGGCAGCAUACUCUUGGACGACCACACGUCAUCAUGGAAAACCCACCGCAGUCUACCCAAUCCCCAGGUAAGGUAAGUCGUCAAAUCCUAGCGGAGGAGGCAGCGAAAUGGUCUCGAGAGCAGCGAGCCGCACAGGAAGUGCUCAUGGAGAACAUCAAGAGUGGAGGAAACGGCCUCACAGUUAGAACAGUAGUCAGCGGCCGCAAGAAAUCCAUUUAUAUCAUUCAAAAUGGCAACUACUACAAGUGUCCACACGGUUCGGAACCAGAUCUUGACGCCUAUCGAGUUCAAGCCAACAUGCAUGAACGAAAGUGUACCUUUGGCAAGCAAUCCAUCCCAGUACCGUUGGACCCUUGCAUUGAGGCGGAAGUGGCUCCAAUAGAAUAUUCGUUCCAUGAAGGUUGGAUGUUCUGUCUAGGUAAUGGAGAAAGAGAGAAUAAUUACUUCCAAAACGGCACCUUAGAUUGUGGAAACAAAACGAAAAUAGCUGUAAGCGAAUUUUUAGAAGAAUGUGCAAUUGAUAACAACAUAGUGAUCACUUUUGAUUACUUUGGUGAUGAGCCGCGCAAAGACAUGAUGCAUAAUGCGACUCUAUGCACCACUUGGGAUCCGUGCCGAUUAUCAUAUUUGUACAGACUUGAGCCACCGCCAGCAGAAAUGAUGCCUGCAUUCCCUACAACUUCACAAAACCCCUGCGAAACGACUGUGUGUCCCGAAUGCUUGGAAGAAAAUGUUACAGAAGGCGGUUACCAGAUUCAAGCUGGUGACGAGUACGACCGUGGUGCCGAGUUUGUACCGACAUUAUAAAAGCAUGAAGAACAUAAUUAUUAUCUUUAUUUUAUUUGUAUCAUUUUGCCACUCUUACAUAGAAAUUUACAAUAAAUAAUCAUCAACUGGUUCCGUUUUAUUUAUUUGCUGAUCUGCAGAAGCUGUAAAUUACAGAAGAGAUACCUAAUUGUCUUUUUUGUUGAUGUUUUUCGGCGACAGUAAUUACGUGUAA